AAUAUAAUGUGUUAGAUUUUACAAUCACAUUUUAAAUUUAAUAAAUUUUAAUUUUUGUUUUGUUAUUCGUAGCUUAAAAAUUAUUGACGAUUUUUUCUUAAAUGCAUCUCAUUAUGACUUCCUUAAAACAAGAAGACGUAAAAGAUAUUUUUAAUAAAGAAUUUGAGUUUGUUAGUACUGUGUUGAGUCAAGUGAAAUUGCCUGUGCGAGUAGAAGAUUCAGAUUCAGAAGACAGUGAUUGUAGUAUAAAAGUUCGAAAACCAAUAUUAGCCAGUGACGAAAUACACAGAGCACAAAGUUUAGAUGAACUACACACCAGACUUGCAGCAAUACGAGAAAAAAAAUACACUUAUAGAGGAAAAAUAAUAAAAAAUAAGCUUCAAAACAAGAUAAAACGAAAGAAAAAAAUUCAUGAAAAAAUUAAAGGAGAAAAAAAAUCUACUGAUGAAGUGGAGAAAUCUGCUGAAAAAACUCAAAAAGUAAAUGGAGUUAAAAACGGAAAAGCAAAAUUAGUAUUUAACAAAAUAAAUUUCUUGGGGGCGGAAACUACUAGUGUACCUGCUGUCAUUAAUACAAAUGCAAAACAAGCUCUAGAAGAGAUAAAAUCCAAACAACAAUUAUAUGAAGAGUUAGAAAAAUCUGGUGAAACGGCCAAAGCUCAAAAACUAAAAGAACAUGACUCGUGGAAGAAUCUUUUGGCCAAAGCUGAAGGAACAAAAGUAAAAGAUAAUGUUGACCUAUUAAAGAAAACCAUUGCCAGAAAGGAUAGACAAAAGAAAGUUAGUAAAACUAAAUGGGAAGAAAGAAAAAAUAUAGUUGAAAAUACUAAAAAAGAAAGACAAGAUAAGCGUACAAAUAAUCUAUUAAAAAGAAAACAAGACAAAAAAGAAAAAAUUAAAAAGAAAGCAAUAAAAAAAGGCCGGUUUGUUCCUGGUGUAAAUUAAUAAUAAAAUUUAAAA